AUGGGUUCACUCGUUCCAACAACCAAGCGCGCGCCAGCGUUUUUCGUUUCCCACGGCGCUGGGCCCUUCGCCAUCCUCGGUGCUCCGCACCAGCAGCCACUUGUCGACCUCUGCAAAGAGACAAGAUGGGUGCUGGAUGGAGCCAAAGGUGUUAUUAUCGUAACUGCACACUGGGAGACAGACCAGCCUCAUAUUUCGUCCGGUGCUGAGCCAGAGAUCUACUACGACUACUUUGACCACCUAGCAAAAGACCUGCCAAAGGAAGCCUGGGAAAUAAAGUACCCUGGUGCAAGAGGUGAUCCAGAGCUCGCUCGCCGGAUCAAAGAGAAACUCGACAAGGACGGAUUCCAGGCUGUUCUGGACGACAAGCGAGGCUGGGACCACGGGGUCUGGGUGCCCAUGAUUAUGCUCCGCCCGCAGGCAGACCUGCCCAUUGUCCAGGUCUCGAUUCCUAGUGGAGCGGAUGCGGCUACUGAGAACUCGUUGAAACUCGGACGCUCUCUUGAGGCAUUCAGAGAUGAGGGCUAUGUCAUCCUCGGCAGCGGAUCAAGCUACCACAACUUCGCGGCUGUCAUCGACUCCAUCAUGGGCACCCCUGGACCCCCAGUUCCCAGUAACCGCCCGUUUGAGGAUGCGAUGGAGGAGGUUGCCAAGAUCCCAGAUGCCGACAAGAAGUGUGAAAAAAUUGCCAGGUGGAGAGAAGAGUUCCCUAACAGCGAGGCAGUCCAGCCCGUCGGGAGCUCAGAACACUUCAUGCCGUUCCUGGUCAGCAUUGGGAGCGCAGGCAACGAUAUCGGGAAAAAGUUGGGCGAAUGGGAACUCUUUGGAGCCAUCAUGACUUCCUACAUCUGGUAG